GCAUCGCCGCAGAAAGAAGCCAAUCUCCACUCCCGUGCUGCUCUCUCUCUCUCUCUCCCUCUCUCCUCUUUCUUUCUGUGUGUGGGAAAGAGAGGUUGCCAUGAGCCCUCAGGCCCGCACCCCCGACGCUGCGACUACCACCAUCACCUCCGAGCAAGCCGCCGCCACCACCACCUUACAGGACCAAUCGGCUACAACCACCAAUAACAACACAUCUGAGAGCGAAAUCGUCACCACCACUACUGCCGCCACCACUACGAACAACAACGGUUCUGCCUUGGACAGCGAACUAAUGAUGAGCCUCAUGGAGAGGCUCCAACGCUACCCUUCUCUCCUUAACACCAAUUCCUUCCUCUCUCAGCCUCUUGAGGAUCUCUUCCUCUCCCUUCCUGACGAAGACGAAGAUGAAGAUGAAGAUGAAGAUGACGAAGAUGAAGACGAGGAUGGAGAAGGGGACCACGAGGUAAACGCUGAUUACCGAACCAGGCUUGCCAAAGAGGAGGCGAAGCUUGAGAGGGAGCUCAUCCGGAUCAUACAGAGCGGCAAGGCCGCUGAGACCCUCAAGCCCAACUCCGGGCAGGCGGUGACGGUCAGAGACUCGCAUAUCUGUGUCGGAUUCCAUGAGGAGCCUCGUCAGGGUUAUCGAGUAUGGGAAUGGCAUGGACACGUCCUGCUCUAUGAUGAAGUGCAGGGUUAUUCGCCCGAGUACAUCUAUGGAAACUAUUUCGAGAAGAUGGCCGCCGCUUCAAAGGACGGGCGCUUCGAGGAGAAGGAUAAUCCGUUUGCAAGUUCUGGUCUCCGAGAGCUGAUCGGUAGUGGGGGUGCUCUGAAUGGUAGGAUUGUGAGGAGGAACAUGGGCUCUGGUGGGAAUAGAUAAAUGGGUUCUGAGGGUCGUGAAGUGGUUACUUCGAAGACCAUUCAUCUGAUUGAGUUAAAAUUUUGGGUACCCAUCAUCUGGAUUCCAGAGUUCCUUUUUUCUUCCCUUUUUGGUUAGGUUAUCUGUUUGUUGCAGAUUUAAAUGCACAUCUCUCUCGAUUUUGCUAGAGUGAUAUUUUUUCUCAAUUGCAAAAUUUGGAGAUUAAGUAAAUGGAUAAUUAUAUGCUAUGGAUUUUGAUACUUGUUUGCCAUGUUACAUAUGUCCAUCAAUCAAAUUUGCUAUAUUUUGAAACUGAA